GUGGACUCGAACCGCCACGGGACGCGCUGUGCCGGCGAGGUGGCCGCCGACGCCAACAACUCCAUCUGCGCCGUCGGGGUGGCCUACGAGGCGUCUGUGGGAGGUGUCCGCAUGUUGGACGGCGACGUGACAGACGCAGUGGAGGCGCGGUCCCUGGCCCUCAACCCGCAGCACAUCGACAUCUACUCGGCGUCUUGGGGCCCCGACGACGACGGCAAGACGGUGGACGGGCCGGGACAGCUGGCCACGCGCGCCUUCGUCGAGGGAAUCCGAAACGGGCGAGGUGGCAAGGGGUCCAUCUUCGUGUGGGCUUCAGGAAACGGAGGUCGAGAUCAAGACAACUGCAACUGUGACGGCUACACGAACUCCAUCUGGACCCUGAGCAUUUCGUCAGCUACAGAAAGGGGUCGCGUCCCGUGGUACUCGGAGGCGUGCAGCUCCACCCUGGCGACGACCUACAGCUCCGGCUCGCUCGGGGAGAAGCAGAUCGUGACCACCGACCUGCACCACUCCUGCACGUCGUCGCACACGGGCACGUCGGCCUCCGCGCCCCUUGCCGCCGCCAUCUGCGCGCUGGCCCUGCAGGUGAACCGAGACCUGACGUGGCGCGACAUGCAGCACAUCGUGGUCCGAACGGCGCGACCCGAGAACCUGGAAGCGCCCGACUGGCAGAGCAACGGCGUCGGCCGCCACGUCUCGCACAGGUCGGUUCCUGGCGCAGGACGGAGGAACUGUCGUGUAUCGCUGACAGCUGAUCGUCGAGGUGACAUCGAGAUCUACCUGUCGUCGCCGUCAGGAGUCAAGUCCACUCUCCUCGCCCAGCGCCCCACGACAACUCCCGCACGGGCUUCCACGAGUCAAGUCCACUCUCCUCGCCCAGCGCCCCACGACAACUCCCGCACGGGCUUCCACGUAUCGCUGACAGCUGAUCGUCGAGGUGACAUCGAGAUCUACCUGUCGUCGCCGUCAGGAGUCAAGUCCACUCUCCUCGCCCAGCGCCCCCACGACAACUCCCGCACGGGCUUCCACUCGUGGCCUUUCAUGACCGUCCACAUGUGGGGGGAGCGGCCCCUGGGGAAGUGGAAGCUGGAGAUCCACAACAACGGACACUUCUUCACCACAGGAGCCACCCUACUGGAGCGCUGGACACUCAUCUUUUAUGGCACCAGAAUAAACCCAGACAAGUGGCAGGCACGCUGGGGGCGCAGAGACCGUGGUGGGGGGGUCGGGGGAGGAAGGGAGACCGCCCCGGCCAUCUCCCGUCCUCCUCCUCCUCACCCGUCGACCACUCCUCCUACCACGACUACCACAUCUACCACACCUGGUACCACACCCAGACCAUGGCACACCUACCAGCCUAAAAAACCCACAUACUCUUUACCCCCACAACCUCCACACUACGAGUCACAUCCUGCCCCCAUUCGCCCGCCCAACCACCGCGACAGCUCCCAUCACAAGGACAAAGCUGAGGUGAAGGAAUGGAGCCUGAUUCUGCACGGCACGGACACGGAGCCCGGGCAGCCGGUGUCCCCGCAGCAGGACACGCAGUCCCCCGACGAGUCCCACGCCUCCGACCCGGCCGUGCACCACUCCAGCGACACCACCGAAGGCAAGACGGAGACUCGGGACCCUGACAGCAUGGGCGUGGGCCACUCGUCGGCUGCGGCAGCCUCGCCGACUCCAGUGCCCCAAACGCUACAGCUGUCGGCCAUCCAGAAGGCGCUGCCACCGGGCUGCAGCCGCGUGGACGCCGCUGGGGCCUGCAUAGAAUGUUCGCAACCUUUUCUAAUUGAUACAGACGUGGGUACUAAGAAGAAGAGGGAGAUUCUCCUCCAAUGCGAGAAGAACCAUCUUCUGCAUGAAGGUGUGUGUGUAGCCUCUUGUCCAGAGCACUACUAUGGCUGGUUCCCUGAAAGGCUGGGAGCCACGGGGCCCCCUACAUGCAGGCCCUGUCACUACUCUUGCCGCAGUUGUUCGGGGCCACAGGAUUACGAUUGCUCAGGUUGCUGGGGGGAUGCUGUGCUCUACACUGCUUAUGAGACACUGACAGUUCCACCUACAUUUACAGAAUGCGAGAAGAACCAUCUUCUGCAUGAAGGUGUGUGUGUAGCCUCUUGUCCAGAGCACUACUAUGGCUGGUUCCCUGAAAGGCUGGGAGCCACGGGGCCCCCUACAUGCAGGCCCUGUCACUACUCUUGCCGCAGUUGUUCGGGGCCACAGGAUUACGAUUGCUCAGGUUGCUGGGGGGAUGCUGUGCUCUACACUGCUUAUGAGGUAUGCUGUUACCUCAGCAUAGCAUUUAAAACCUUGGAAACUGCCCAGACACUGACAGUUCCACCUACAUUUACAGAAUGCGAGAAGAACCAUCUUCUGCAUGAAGGUGUGUGUGUAGCCUCUUGUCCAGAGCACUACUAUGGCUGGUUCCCUGAAAGGCUGGGAGCCACGGGGCCCCCUACAUGCAGGCCCUGUCACUACUCUUGCCGCAGUUGUUCGGGGCCACAGGAUUACGAUUGCUCAGGUUGCUGGGGGGAUGCUGUGCUCUACACUGCUUAUGAGGGUCAGAAUUACUGUCACCCAAGCACCCUCCAUGAUGCCUAUGAAAGCCUACAGUCCUGGUACAAGUUCCUGCUGGGUAUCCUCCUGUGCCUGCUCAUAUUGGUGCUGAUUCUUGCGGUGCUGGUUCUGCGAGCCAAGAAUGCAUCAAGGAGGUCGUACCCUGUUGUUGGAGUGCCUUCCCUUAGUCCAGGGGCUGGUGCCAAGUCUGCAAGUAAUGGUGGCACUGCAUACGCGCCCGUGCCAAAGGGAGAUGCGGACGACCUGCUAACAAAAAUAACUUUCCAUGAUCUUACGAGCGAGGACGAGAUAUAGUUAGGCUUCUUUUUUUGCAAAUUUUAAUUGGAGAGAGGUUUAAAAAAAAAGUUUAGAAAAAAACAAACAAAAAAAACAAAACCUUUAUUGUGAUUUGAAUUUUUUUAUUUUGUUCUCUCAUUCUUUUUCUUAGUACUUAUAACAUAGUAAUUUAGAAAUUUAAAAGACAUAAAGGUUCACCUAAGAGUGAAUUUAUAAGAACUAUAAGGCAUUGUUGUUAAAGCAAUAUAAAGAUCAAUAGUUUGUCAGUUAAUGCUUUUGGAAUAUCAUAUUUUACUGAAAAAUUUUGUAUGACAAAGUAUGAUCAAUUUAUGUGGGUUUUGAUGGUAAAUUUGUUUUAUGGUUAGGCAAUGUUUUUGUCCGGAAAAUUCUGUUAUUGGUUUUGUUUAAAUAGUAAUUUUAAUUGUGGGAUAGUAAUGAUGAACUUAAUAUGCAUACUUAAUGUUUUACAAAAUGAAUAAUGUGAGAUUAAAUGCAAAGCAAUUUGCUUUUAUUAUGAGAUAAUAUAUUAAGGAUGAUAUACUUUAUAGUACUGAUUAGCAUUGGAACAGUUAGAAUAUUAGUGUUUUAUGUGAGUUCAAAUGGUGAAGAAAAGAUAGAUUUUAAACAAUGCCUAAAUGUGUAUCAGUACACGUAAUUCAUGGUAAAGAUAAAACAAGUUCCAAAUUGCUAUUGAGUACAAAGCAAUGCCGAAAAGUACUCUGGGCAUUAUUGUCUUUUACUCAAAGCUCACCAUACAUACUGUGAUAGGAUGAACAUUUCCCACAAAACGUCUCCUUACACUUUGUGGUUUUGCUGCAUCCCUGUGGUCGUAAACAAUGCACAAAUUACUGUACCCUAUAGUAGCUUGUGUUCUAUCUGUAGGGAGUAGAUGUAUUGCUAAUGGUGUUCUAUUUGGCUAAUUAAACACCAUUCAUGAAAAUAAUCUAGUGUGUACUUGUUUACUCUUGAGGGGAUGCGAGAAAUCACUAAGAAUGUAAGGAAAGAAUUUGUGUAAACUGUACAGAUGGUGAGUGUUCCAGCAGGUUCUUGUCUGGUCAUCCGUUUUUUUUCAUACUUAUUUUAUUCUCUUUUUUUUUUAAUAUUUUAAUUAUUUUGAUGAUCACCAACUACCGUAGAUUCUCAUUAAGACCAAGGGGAAAGAAAAUUAUAUGCUGGGUAUGCAGAACAGACUAGUUAAAUAUGGAAUGUUAUACUAUUGAAUUGUUCACUCAAGCCUCAGUCAUGGCAGUUGUAAAGCAAAAAUGGGGAAUUUCGGGUGUUUGUCCUUUGCGGGUUUCCUUCACAAGCAGUUAUGUUGAAAAGAGAGAAAAGCACCGAACUCUAAGAAUUAUUAAAAACAAGUGUAAAAUAGACCUUAGAAAAACUACUCUUUAGAAUGGAGCAUUAUAAACUUGUAUUGAAAUUGUAUUGAAUUCUGAAGCCUUGCCUGAUUGAGACUGAGAAAGACUGCAAGUUCCAGAUAGAAAUAAUAGUUGUCAUCAUUUUUAGGGAUUUAAAAUAUUUUUAUAAUUCAGUGCCUUUUUAAAUGUACUAUUCAUGAGUACCUGCAGAGCUGAAUAAGAUUAAUAUGUAUGCUAUGUUGGUUCUCCAGAUUUUAUUAUAUUUUUCCAAUAGGAUGUAGGAGUUCUACGUUAUUUGCUGUGAACUCAUUCAUAAAAAAAGCAUUUAAUUAAAGCAGGAGUAUAGAAUGUAAUCUUUUAUCAUAAUGCAUGUUUUACCAGAUUUUAUUUUAUUUUAUUUUUCUAAUGUAAAUUAACAGAGCAGCAAAUGAUACUAGAAUCCUGUCAUAAAGAUUUAUAACGGUAGCAUAGCCACAAAGUAUCCUCAAGUGCCUUUGAUGAUUUCACCCGUUUUCAUCUGUGAUGCUGACGUUUUCUUUAUUCGUAGUUUUCCAAAAUCUCCCGAUGCUGAAUUAUCACACUUUCAAGAUUCAUGUUAAUUCUCAUAGUGAGUUCAGGGUACGAGGAUUUUUUUUAUAUAUAUAUAUAUAGAACAAAUACCAUUGACCAGUGUAAUUGUAUUUUUUCUUCUGGAUACUAUUUUUACUUUAGAUUUUUUUGAUGUAUGUUCUGGUUUGCUAUUCAAAAAAAGAUUAGAGUUUUGUGGUCAGUACAUUUUUUGUAUUUUUUGUUUUGUUUAUUUUUCCCUGUGAGUUACUUUGUAAAUUAUACUUAAAAUUUUUAAUUCUGCUGUAAUUAGUCAUUGAUGCAGGUGGUGAAGGAUGUGUAUUUUCAUCAAUAAAAAGUUUUAUAUUGUAUAUAAA